GAAUGUAAAAUGAGAUGGAGAAGGUGGGCCUCACCCAGGAGGGGAGGGCGCCCAGAAACUUCCUGCGACUCUCUGCUCCACAGCGCUCCGCAGACUGCAAAACAAGGUCAGCCUGGAGCGGGGCGGCAGCCUGCCUGGGGGCGGGAGACCCUCCUCGGGGCUGGGCGGAGGCCUUUAACUGCCUCGCCAUAUUGAGCAGCCACGCUGAGACGCCUUUGUCUGUAGAGUCCUCCCACAAACUUUCAGCUACACCCGGAGUGUCGGGGCCUAGGGAGAAGCGAUCGGAGCCCGUGCGUCCCCAGCUUGGAGCCGGGACACUGGCGUCUCCCGUUUGAACCCAGCUUUUAGCCUCGGGACUGACCGCGCCUCAGUUCACGUAAGCAUCCUGGAAAAUCGCUCACUACAACUCAGAGGGGGUGAGGGAAAACCCAACUUGGACUUGUCUCCUGCGAAGAAAAUUGCAGGGAGGUGACACUCUGCAUGAGCAGAGUUGCUAGGACUCUCCCCUGCCCCCUCCCUAAGACUAGAAUCUAAGUUUUUUGUUUGGGCUUCGUGCCCCCACCCCAGAAUCCACUCUGGAGAUCUUAAAGACUCUCGAGAAAAGCCACGUGGGGGGCUGGUUCCCCUGGGGCUUCCUCCCCUCUCCCGAUUGCCUGAUCCUCUGGAGCGUCCCUGAUGUCUGCAAAGAUGUCGAUCUGGACGUGUUAGUGGAGGCCUUAAGGCCCGUGGGCACCUUUAAGAAGAUCGGCAAGGUGUUCCGGAAAGAGGAGGACUCCACGGUGGGAAUGCUGCAGAUUGGGGAGGAUGUUGACUAUCUGCUCAUCCCCCGAGAGGUCCGGCUGGCUGGGGGCGUGUGGAGAGUCAUCUCCAAGCCCGCCACCAAGGAAGCUGAAUUUCGGGAGCGCCUGAUUCAGUUUCUGCAGGAGGAGGGCCGCACCCUGGAAGACGUGGCUCGAAUAAUCGAAAAGAGUACGCCACACCCACCCCAGCCCCCCAAAAAAGCCAAAGAACCCCGAGUGAGGAGAGUCCCACAGAUGGUCACUCCUCCACUUCGGCUAGUCGUAGGCACCUAUGACAGCAGUAACGCCAGCGACAGCGAGUUGAGUGACUUCGAGACCUCCAAAGUCAAAGGCAAUAGGGGGUCCCAGAGGACCAGAAAGGUGCGCAAAAUACCCGUCAGUUACUUGGGCAGCAAAUUCCUGGGCAGUGAUGUGGAGAGUGAGGAUGAUCAGGAGUUGGUAGAAGCCUUCCUCCGCCGGGGGGAGAAGAAGCCCAGCGCGCCUCCUCCACGUCGCCGAGGCAAUCUGCCAGUGCCCAUGUUUGAGGACAACCUGGGACCCCGCCCGUCCAAAGCCGACAGAUGGCGGGAGUAUGUCAGCCAGGUGUCCUGGGGGAAGCUGAAACAGAGGGUGAAGGGCUGGGCACCCAGAUCAGGAUCGGACGUGGUCGAGGCUCAGCAGGCCUCCAUCGCAGCUGAGAGGGCUGGAGAAUUGAGACGUAGCCAUACCAGUCGGGACGAUAGCUCCAGAAGAAACACAGGAGACGGGAGCGACCAGACACCGGGUACCAGGCGCUGGAAGCCCAAGAUCAAGUGGGUCUCCUUGAGGCGGUGCAGGAAGGAGCAGGAGCCCCCAGAGGCUGAAGAGAACCAGAGGGUAGAUGUUCCAGCUGAACGUGGAGUAGAGGCUGCACCUAACCCGAGACCAGAGGCUGCACCUAACCCGAGACCAGAGGCUGCACCUAACCCGAGACCAGAGGCUGCACCUAACCCGAGACCAGAGGCUGCGCCUGGAGAGAGGGCAGAGGCUGCAGCUAACCCGAGACCAGAGGCUGCACCUGAAGAGAGGGCAGAGGCUGCAGCUAACCCGAUACCAGAGGCUGCACCUGAAGAGAAGGCAGAGGCUGCAGCUAAUCCAAGGACAGAGGCUGCAGCUAACUCAAAGGUAGAGGCUACAGGUAAUCCGAGGGCAGAGGCUGCAGCUAACCCGAAGGUAGAGGCUGCAGCUAACCCGAAAGUAGAGGCUGCAGAUAAUCCGAGGACAGAGGCUGAAGUUAAUCCGAGGGCAGAGGCUGCAUCUAACCCGAAGGUAGAGACUGUAGCUAAUCCGAGGGUAGAGGCGGCAGCUAAUAUGAGGGCAGAGGCUGCAGCUGAUCUGAAAACAGAAGUCAUAGGUAGGCAGAGGGCAGAGGGCCCAGUUAACCAAGAGACUGGAGCUGCAGAAAGUGAGAGAGUGGAGGCCCCAGCUGACCAGAGGGCAGGAGUCCUCCAUGACCAGAGGGAGGAGGCUGGACCUCAGGCUCUAGCGCAAGCCUCAGCUAGCUCUGUUACCCUAGGGACAUCCCCAGGAUCUAGGGCCCGGAAACAGGUAAAGACAGUGAGGUUCCAGACCCCAGGACGGUUCUCAUGGUUUCACAAGCGCAGGAGGGCCUUCUUGCACACUCCCCGGUUGCCAACCCUGCCCAAGAGAGUCCCCAGGGUAGGUGAGGCUAGGAGCCUCAGGGUGCUGAGGGCUGAGGCUAGAACAGAAGUGGAACGGAGACAGGAAGAGGAACAGCUGUGAGAGGAGUCCAGGGCCCCCGCACCCUGCCUGCCCUGUGCUGGCUGCUAGGGUGCCUCCCGCCUUUGUAGGCUCCUUCUACCUCCAUGUUUGAAAAUGGAGGCUGCUGAGGCAGGCAGCACCUCCCAUGCCUUUACCAGCACUACUUUCCUUCUCUCUCCCUCCCUCCUCCUCCUCCUCCUCCUCCUCCUCCUCCUCCUCCUUUUUGAGACAGUCUUGCUAUGCAGCCCUGCUGGUCUGGCACUCUGUACAUAACUGGUCUCAAACCCACAGCAGUCCCUGCCUGAGUAUCCUGUGCCCUGGGAUUGCAGGUGCGUUCCACUACACCUGGCUCCAGUGACCCUCCUUUUGUUUUUGUUUUGUUUGAGACAGGGUGGCUGACCUGGAACUCACUAUGUGUCUUAGGCUGACCUCGAACUCAGAGAGAUCCGCCUGCCUUUGCUAGAACCAAAGGCACACACCACCACCACCAAACCUGCCUUCCUGUGGCCCUCUUUAUGAUCUUGUUUUUAUCUGAUGAGAUUAUUCGUUUUUAGGAGGACAUAGCUGUAGACACACUUGACUUUUUUAAUACAUUGAUUUUUUUUUUUUAAAUAUACUGAAUAUAGCAUCUCAAAGAAUGUAAGGAAAGAAGCCCAUGGAGCCUGCUUGCCUGGACGGUGCUGUAACUUCUCGCUAUGGAUCUUAAGUGUGCCCAGCCUGGCAAAGGAGAGUGGGCAGAGGAGGGAUUAUUCUGUCCUAUGUUUUCUGUCUACAACUAACUUUUAUGGAUGGCCCCUUUUGCACUUAAAGAAAGGGCUCAAGCUGAUAUGCAAAUAAAAGUGUUUACAACAGUG